GGCUGGCGUCCUUCGUCGAGGUGAUACGUGUUGCGCUGCUCCUCUCCGUCUCCCUCACUCGCGUACACUCGAUACAGACACGCCUCCUGGAAGAUAAGGCUUAGGCUACUAACACAGUGGUGCUAUAACGGUCUAUAGGAAGUGAUGCGCAGUUAUAUAGCCUAGUGCCCAGUUGUUCUUCGCGGACAUUAUAACACUAGAAAGAUAUCUGUCAAUGAAGAUGGCCAAAAUAGAGAAACAAGUGGGCACUCAAGAGGGCGGGGGUGGUGCAGUGGAUGAUAACAACAAUAAUAAUAACAAUCAGAACAACACAGAAAGUACCAACACAGCGUGUAGUUCCGGAGUGAAGUACCAGCUGCGACCUCGAACUCUCCUCCCCCGGCGUCGGUGUGACAGUGAGUGGAGUCUUCAGGACACCCUGCGACACAAGCAGCGGCCGCCGCCACUCUCCAGGUACCGCAGGAAGACCGCUAAUGCCCGGGAGAGGUACCGCAUGCGGCAAAUUAACACCGCUUUCGAGAGUCUGCGAGGCGUACUGCCGUCGUGGGUGUGUAGUCGACGAGCCGCUUCUGAGAUGACUAAGAUUACCACGUUGAGGCUGGCCUCCGCGUACAUCAGAUCUCUCCAGGACAUCCUGGACGGUAAUGCCCAUCAGGACACCUGCUCGUGGGUCCUCUCAAGCAUCCUGCAGGACGCCUCCAAUCUCCAGGAGUCGCAGCCAGACCUAGGUCCUGGAAGUCAGGGCAAGACUCAGCAAUCCCUUGUUCAUACGACGUCAGAUCCAGACUUUGUUACUUUCCUGUGCGCGUCAGACUCUGGGGUCUUCCAAGAUAGCAUGGAGUCUUUCUCAUACCUCUCACCCAUGUCUGAAACUGAAGCUGUAGCACUUCUCCUGGGGAAUGAGCCUCAGUCUCGACCCUGGACUGAGGGUCAACAUUCCCCACUUGUGUCAUGAUCUCUACGAGAAAGGAAUCGUGAAGGUUUUGAUGUAUACUUAGGACUGAUUCCGUACCAACAGUAUUCAUUCCCGCUGGUAUCGUAAAGUGAUUUAUUGAACAAGCGAAGUAAGAGAUUUUUGGUGAUCGAGUCUUGAUAUGCAUGAAUGACACGGUACAGCUUGAACGCCGGCUUAGUGAUCUUUACGAAAAAGGUCUCUGCCGUCCCGGUCGAGGACGACCUCAGACCUGUUACUGGACCCGAGUCCACUACCUGCAGGUUUUCUGGUGCCAUAAACGACCAGCGGGAUCCUUCUGCUGGAGUUAAAGUGUGAUAAUGUAAGUAGUUCGUACUUGAAAAGCAAAAAUAAUUUGCCGUCUGUGGUGGAGUUUUCCGGUAUACGUAAUGCUAUCAUGUUAUGCUCCUGUGAGUGAAGUUGUCGAGGAAGACUUUCAUGAAAGAUAAGUCAACAACAAGUGCAAACAAAUAUUUUAGAUAUAUAUUAUAUAUACAGUAAAUGUAUAUAUACAGAGAACCUAUUAUAGAUAACUUUUCAUUUACUCAUAUGAGGAGUAUAAUUUCGAAAAUAAAAUGAAUAAAGUGAGAUGAAUGUGUGCUUUGAACACAAGUGUAAUAACAGAAUGACUUAUGUCAUUGGUGUAACUCAGAUUCAUAGUGAAGCAAGUGUUGUUACGGAAGUGUAUUGACCAGUGACGUAAUACACAGUGACUUACACCCAUGUUGACCAGACUAGAGGAACGUCGUCCCUUCACUAGAAAGUGAAGGGACGACGACGUUUCGGUCCGUCCUGGACCAUUCUCAAGUCGAAGUAUGCAGACUCCUCGUCUGCAUACUUACAUCCAUCAUGUGAUAAAAACUAUAUGUGAAAUGUGAAGAACAGAAAUCAAAUACUAUUGUUUAAAAAAACUUUAAUUAAAUUUCUAAUUGCUCUACUACAGUGAGAUUGUAGUGCUCGACAUAAGGAGAACAAUUGCAUAGACAAUUUGUGAAACUGAUCAUCAUUUGUAUAUGAUGAAUUUUACGCGAAUUUCCAAUAAAUGAAAAAUGUUAAUCCAUCUGUAUUAACGACAUACUAAACAUAUGUCGUUAAUUAACGACAUAUUAAUAGUAUGUCAUUAACGUCGUAUAACGUCAUUAAUAACGGACGUAUUAACGACAUACUAAGUGUAGUUGUUCACAGUAUAUGUAGUGAGAAUUACAUUAUUUCAAUGGUCUAAUUAUUUAAAUCAGUUAUUUAUUAUUCUGCUGAGCGAUAGUUUGUUUUUUCAGCCUUGAACUAGAUACUCUGUUAGUCCGAGACCUGAACCUUUGAGAUGUUUCUCUACGUUUACUAUACGGCUGAGACGCCAUGUAGAAGUCAAACUGAACUAUAAUGUCAUGUAGAAGACAAACUGAACUGUAAUAACAUGACUUUUACAAGCUAGAUGAGAUUGCAUUCUGUAAAAGCAUGUAAAUGACUCCUUUGCACACCAGAUGCGAAUUACCUUGAAUAACUAAAUUGUAAUGACUUUCAAACUAAAUACAAAUGCUAAACCAUUAAAUAAAAAAUACACCAAUGUAUUAAACGUUAAAGGAAUUUUUGUAA